AUUUUAGUGUUUUACACUUCUGAGACUGUUGUUGUGCCUUCAUAUUCGUUCAACUCUCAGCAGCAACAGCGAACCCUAGACCUGAACGGCUGAACCUCGCCGUCUACGGCGGCGGAGCUGUUUGUCCGACGUCCUUAGGAGACAAGCCGUCGUCGGGUCUGAACUUGCGCUGUGGUCGAAGUGUUCAUAGAUUAAGAAGAGUGAUGGAUGAGGCAGAGGAGGAGCAGCAACGUCGUCGUUUAAAGCUUGAAGAGGCCCUUGAAAUCCAAUCCCUCAGACGCAUCAUUAGUGCUUACCUCAACUAUCCUGAUGCCGCAGAAGAGGAUGUUAGAAGGUAUGAGAGGUCUUAUAGGAAGCUUCCACCUUCCCAUAAGGCUUUGUUAUCCCACUAUUCUCGAAAGUUUCAAAGAUUACGCUGGUGUAUCUCAAUGAAUACACAUUUCAUAUUCGGCAUGCUUCAAGCAUUUGAACCUCCACUUGACAUGAGCCAGGACGUAGAUUUUAGUGAAGAUCCACAUCCUGAAUCGACCCAAAAAGAUCAUUUAGUUUCUGAAGGGAUUAGUGCUUGUUCAUGUGAGUCAGUCCCUGUGAGAAUAACAUGUUCUGUAUCUGAUCAACAUCGUUGUGUGGAAGGUGGCAAUCAUACUUGCAUAUCACAAGCACAAAUGCAUUCCAAUGAGGAGGUGGACAUUGAGAGUUGCCACCAGUCAAAUACUGGGAGCCAUUCUCCAAGCAUGAUACAUCCUAAAGAAACUAGUGAAUACUGUGGAAGUCCUAUUGCUGAUUCCAAUGGCAAUGUACCGGUCACGUCAUCACAACAACAAUGGUUGGAUCCAUCUUUAAAAUUGAAUGUUCCUUUAGUUGAUGUAGAUAAGGUGCGAUGUAUAAUAAGGAACAUAGUUAGGGACUGGGCAGCUGAGGGUAAAAACGAACGUGAUCAGUGCUACAGCCCUAUACUUGACGAGCUUAAUAUGCUAUUCCCUAAUCGCAGUAAAGAUAGUCCACCUGCAUGUUUAGUUCCUGGUGCUGGACUUGGUCGGCUGGCCCUGGAGAUUUCAUGUUUAGGAUUUAUCAGUCAGGGAAAUGAAUUUUCAUACUACAUGAUGAUAUGCUCGAGCUUUAUUCUUAACCAUUCCCAAACGGCUGGCGAGUGGACAAUUUAUCCUUGGAUUCACAGCAAUUGCAAUUCAUUAUCAGACAGUGAUCAACUUCGUCCUGUUUCAAUACCAGAUAUGCAUCCAGCCAGUGCAGGAAUUACUGAAGGUUUUUCCAUGUGUGGAGGUGACUUUGUUGAAGUUUACAGUGAUUCAAGCCAAGUUGGUGCAUGGGAUGCAGUUGUAACUUGUUUCUUUAUCGAUACAGCUCAUAAUAUUGUUGAGUACAUUGAAAUAAUUUCAAAAAUUUUGAAAGAAGGGGGAGUUUGGAUAAAUUUGGGACCUCUACUUUAUCACUUUGCAGAUAUGUAUGGACAGGAUGAUGAAAUGUCCAUUGAAUUGAGUUUGGAAGAUGUUAAGAGGGUCGCAUUACAUUAUGGAUUUGAAUUAGAGAAAGAAAGGACUAUUGAGACAACUUACACCGCAAAUUCUAGAUCAAUGAUGCAAAAUCGUUACUUUUCUGCAUUUUGGACAAUGAGAAAAAAAUCUGCUGCAGUGCAGCAGCAAGUGCCCUGAGAAUGAGGUUCAAUUAAGUGCCCUGAGAAUGUGGUUCAAUUAUUGUGAUAUAAAGUACAAACUAGCUCUCUUUUACUUGGUCAUGCCUUGUACUUUUUCCUUGUUGGAGUGGGGAACUUUCCUGAAUUCAUGAAAUCCUGACAAUUUUUCCAUCAUUGGGAAGUUAAUUUGCUUUUGGUUAACAAUUGUAUAUCAUGAAUGUUUUUGAUAAUCAUAUGCUUGGUCAAUAGUAUAUGCAUUCUUGGAUACUGUACGAGAAAACUUGAGUGUGGAUUGAAGGUUGAACAGUCCCUUGCAGUUGACACAAGCAGGAGUACUAUUACGUCAAAAGAUGCACUUGUGAUUUUUAUUCUUUUGUAGUUUUCUUUGAAUUUUGAAAACAGAAGGUUUUCAUAUUAGAAGUUCACUUGGCAAGGUUAGAAGCAAAGUUUGAUAUUUGUGGAAGAAGCCAGGAAGCUGUUACAAUAGAAUUUGUGACAAGUGACCAACUUUCACCCAGUGUUUGAAUAAAGAAUUUUAAAAUGCCAUGUAAUUCUAAAAUUCAAAAUAAAUUUUGCUGUGA